CAGGAAAAAAUAAAUGCCCAUUGGACACACCCAUUUGGGUGCAGUCCAACCCAACUGACAGCCCUAGUGAGAGGAUGAAAGCAAAUGGGACAGUCUGUAACAUCCAGAUCCAGCAACGUCGCAGUGCGUUCGGUCGGAGAAAGUUGCCUCUUUCGCGAAGUUCGUUUGAAUACAAUCGGUCUGUCGGAGUCUCCGGGCUCCAUUUCGAGAGAAGUAUCAGAGACACAAGCGUCGUUGGCCAAUCCAAAGCUCUGCACCUCGAAACCCUAGCUUACCUGUCUGGUUCCAUUUAUUCAGUUUUGGGUUCGGGCCCACUAAUAAUAACAGUAAUGGGCUCUGCAUCUCGAAGCCCAUUACAGUUUCUUCUCCUUUCACUUCCUUCUUCUUCGUCAUUCUCUUUCUGCAUUUUACAGUCGGUAGUGUCGUCGACAAAUGCCUUGACAGUUCUCCGAGCGUUUCUGAUUUUGUCUUCUCUCCUGAGCAGACAUCGCGUCUCCACUAAACUUAACAGGUGAUGGACAGAAUCAGUGGACUAUCCGAUGAGUUACUGGCCAGGAUACUAACCUUUGUUCCGACAAAAGUUGCUGUCUCCACCAGCAUUUUAUCUAAACGAUGGGAGUUUCUUUGGACGUGGGUGCCUAAACUCGAGUUCGUGGAUAACAAGUAUGGAUCAGACCUUGCAAUUAGGGAUUUUAUCAACAAGAAUCUUCCAUUACUCAAACCUCCAGUCAUAGAGAGCUUCCUCCUCAAAUGUUAUUCAUCAUUUUUUCAACCUGAGGAUAUCACUCAGUGGGUUGCAACUACGGUUUCUCGCUGCAUCGUUGAGCUAGAUAUCGACUGUGUAUACUGUUGGUCGGGAGAACCUUGUUUGUUAUUGCCGUGCAGCUUGUUUACGUGCGAAUCGCUAGUGACUUUGAAACUCAACGGCGAGAUGAUUCUGUUGGAUGUUCCUCGGACUGUUUAUCUCCCUUCGUUGAAAACUCUGCAUCUUGGAUGUGUUACUUACUCAAAAGAAGAUACUUUCCGACUGCUUUUGUCCUACUGCCCUGUUCUUGAAGAUCUGGUUAUUCAGCGAAGUGGUCGUGACAAAGCGAAAGCGAUAGUUGUGAUCAGCCCGUCCCUGCACAUGCUGACCUUACCGUUAGAUGGUGGAACUUCUUCGACUGAUGAGUUUGUUAUAGUAACCCCUUCUUUGAAGUAUCUCAAUAUUGAGGAUUACAAUGCGAGGUACUCUUACUUGGUCGCUCAUAUGCCUAAGGUUGAAGAGGCAGAUAUCGUUGUUGAUGAGUAUCUUGAGAUGGUCUUUGAAUCAAUCACAUCUGUCAAACGCCUUUCGCUUUGCGUCUAUUUCGACUUUGAAGAGAGGUAUAUGUAUCAUGAUGGUAUAUUCUUUGGUCAGCUUGAACAUCUGAAGUUAGGUAUAAGCUUUGAUUAUUGGUCCAAGUUGCUUUUCCGGUUGCGCCGGGAUGCUCCUAAGCUGCGAGUCCUCAAACUCUACGUCUAUAGUGGUGGACGUUUCAAGAAGUAUGAGUCGAUUAGCUGGAACAAUGACCCGAGUGCUGUUCCUACAUGUUUGUUGGAGAGCCUUGAAACUUUCGAGUUUGCAGACUACAGGGGAAGGCAAGAAGAGAGAGACUUCGUGAGUUUUAUCAUCAAACACGCUUGUCACUUGAAGUCCUCGACGAUUACGCCUUCUACCAUAAUGGAAACUUGUUCCUCAGCAGAUAGUUGUUGCAUUUGACGAUUAUGGAUUGGUAGGCUUGUUUUGUUUUGUUGUCCAAGAACAGUUAGGUGCUUAUCAUGUGUUGAUUCUACACUAGUGUCUUUUUAAUGUUUUUUUAAGUGGUACUAUCUUCGGUUUGGUUAGCUUUUGUCUCUUAUUGGUCGAAGCUACUCGUCUGGCUGUUCCAUGUUUUUCUGUCUAAACGCAACCUACGGUGUACUUUUAUUCC